AUGGCGGUCUCGAAGCUCCCGACGGAGGACGACGCCGCGGACGGGCGCAAGCCCGAGGAGGGUGACCUCGUCUCCAUCGUCUUCUCCGCGCAGACCGAGGACGGGGAGCUCUUGCAGUCGAUGGAGGACAUGGAAGAUCCGAUCACGUUCGAGAUCGGCGCGUCGGGCGCGAUGGGAAAUCCGCUGUUUCUCGCGUUCGAUAAGGCUGUCCGAGGGAUGGUCGUCGGCGACCAGGCGCUCGUGAGCGCGUCCGGGGGCGAGUACGACCCGAAUUUACUGUUUAAGGUGCCGACGAGUCACCCGGAGGUGGCGCGACUGCGUGAGGAGCUGGACCAGCCGGGGAAGGGAGGGCUGCAUCCGGGCGCGACGGUGGCGCUGUCCAACGGAAACGCCGCGGUGAUUCGCGAGCUGGACGAGGAGAGAGGGUUCGUCGUCUUGGACGCGAACCAUCCGUUCGCGGGGUCGGACUUGCAGUUCGCGGUGAAGCUGAUGGGGAUCGAGGACAACCCGGACACCGGGUCGGGGCCCGGCGCGGGCCCCGGGGUCGCGGAGGCGUAG